AUAAUCCAGACAGGAUCCGCCUAUAAAAGUAUAAAAGUAAUUAACUUAAUAAACAUGACAUUGACGUCGUUUUGAAAAUGGCGAAGUGCUAAAUUGUUUGAUACGUCACAAUUUUUUUUAUUUUCCUUUAUUUUUUUAGAAAACUUUUAAGUUUAUUUCAUUUAGUGAUCCCUGCUCAAAUCCAUUGAAAUCCAUUGGUAAGAUUCUAUUAAGGUCGACAAUAUGGAAAAUGCAUCAGGAUCAAGGGGGCCCUCCAAACUGGAACAGACCCAGCAACAAGUUAACGAAGUUGUGGGUAUUAUGAGAGUCAAUGUCGAGAAAGUACUGGAAAGAGACCAAAAACUUUCCGAGCUAGACUCUAGAGCUGACGCUCUACAAGAAGGAGGCAAAAGGUUCGAACAACAAGCUCAAAAACUGAAAAGGAAAUAUUGGUGGAAAAACCUUAAAAUGAUGAUUAUUAUUGGGGUUAUUGCAAUGAUUUUGUUAAUAAUCAUUAUUGUUUCACUUACAAGUGGUGGCUCCUCUUCGAAGGAUACUGAUGCCAAACCUGUUGAACCAGGGAACUCAACAUAAACUAGAUUUCUCCAUCUAAUAUACACAUAUCCUUCUUCAGUUUCACUUUCAAUCCGUAAUUUUUCUAGACCCAUUUCCAUUGUUUAUUUUGCUAUUUUAUCCUGAAGAACUGGUUUUUUAAUCACUUACAAAGUGACUGGAUUAAAAAAGUGCCUUAAAUACUGUGUCAAAAAUUCUAAAUGCACAAAAACAAACAAAAAAAAAGUAUUUUCUUAUUGAUGUUUUAUAAUUUUAUAUCUUUUAACUCAUUUAAUUAUUCUACUUAUUACUGUUAUUGUUACAUUUAUUAUUAAUUAAUCAUUUUGGACCAAACCCAUAAUUUCUUUAUUGAGAUUAUUUUUUCAAUCUGUAUGGAUUUUUUUCUCUGGAAGUAUGGGCUUGGGUUCUUUUUAUUGUAACCAAUCAAUUUAUUUGACAAUCGUAUAAGCUAGGUUUGGAAUUAUAUUGAGUUUAUUAGUAUUAAAGUGCUGGAAAUUUUUUUCGAGAAGUUUAUCUUUAUUUUUAGAUUUAUAUAUUAUCUAGUUUACUGUUGGAUAACUUGUGAUUUUUUUUGUGUUUAAUUUCACAAUAAAUAUUUAUUAAUAAUUA